UCGAGGGACAAAAGAAAAAAGCUCUUUAUAGCUCCCAGUCUCUGAAACCCUAAAAAAUCAAAAAAGCUCUAGCUCCGCGAAUUCUUCAGGGUGGGGUUACUGUUCGAAUGGCAGAUGUUGCUGGAAAUGUACUGCUGGUAACAAUAGAGGGCGACGAUGCACACCUUGUCAGCAUCGAUGAUGUACACUUGCUUUUUUCAGCUUUUGGAUAUGUGCAAAAGAUUAUAACCUUUGAGAAAGCCGGAUUCCAGGCGCUGGUACAAUUUUCAGAUACAGAGGCAGCCUCUUCUGCAAAGAAUACCCGUGAUGGAAGAGGAAUUCCUAGUUAUCUUCUUCCUGAUGAUGUGGGACCAUGUACUACUAGGAUCACAUAUUCUGCGCACACAGAUUUGAGCGUGAAAUUCCAGAGCCACCAGAGCAGGGACUACACUGAUUCUUUCCUUCCUAUUGCUCCAUCAGCCAUUGACAGAAGUGGUCAGUCAACGGUGGCGUUGGAUGGGAAAAAAUUAGAACCAGAGAGCAAUGUUCUUCUUGCAUCUAUUGAUAACAUGCAGAAUGCUGGCACCUUGGACGUUUUACACAUCUCUUGUUAGCGCAGAAGUUUCACCACCAAUUGGUGCAAGAAUACAAGUGUCAAGUUCUGAAAUGAAGGACUCCCAUAUUCAAGAAUAUCUUAAGGUUCUAAAUACCGCUAAUGAGGAGGGUUUGAAAAGACUAAAGGGAAUUGGAGAGAAGAGGGCUACCUAUAUUCUUGAACUUCGUGACGAAAAACCUGAACCUUUUAAGAGUCUUGAUGAUCUGAAAGAGAUUGGACUUUCAGAAAAGCAGAUACAGGGAUUAAUGA